GAUCGUAAUGUGAAUUCCAUUUGGAUUUUCCUUGGGUUCCAAGUCUGUCGUGAUUUUCCGCGUAUUCUGCCUGGUGGUGUACGGGUACUCUCCGGUUGGCAUAAACAGUUUUGUCCGUUGUUUUUCAUUUGCGGCGUUGACUCUGUUUCGGGGGUAAUUUGGGAGCAUAGCUUGCACGAGGAAAGUUGGAAAAUAUAUCGGGGUUCAGGGUGCGGGCUUGCUGGGCUGGUCUUCGAGAUGUCCGCCUGAAUAUUGUUGUUUACUUGGGGGUUAAGGUCACCCGCUGGCGCUCUCCGGUCGCUAAUAGACAUCCUAUUUAAAAAGGAUCCUCGAAUUUCCUAAGGUGGAAUAGCUAUUCUUGUUGUCGUUACGCGUGAACCGGAAUCCUCCGUACACAUGAAGUUAAUUUGCCGAGGUUGAAGGGUGGAGUGGUGUAGCCUGGUGAUUUGAACGCGGAUGUGGACGGGGCUGGAACGGAACUAAUUUAGUGCUUGUGAUUUGAACAGUGAUACGACGUGUUGGGAUUUACUUUCCUUUGGGCAUACCACGAUAAAAUUGGUGACGCAUGACCGCAUUCUUCCGGUCUCUCUACUUUCUCUAUUUUUAAAAAAAUAGGAAAGAAAAAAGUGAGUGUACAAAGUGGGAAAGUCAGGAAAAUUCGGGCAAAUAAAGAAGGCAUUUUAGUGUUUCCAAGCCUAAGUACAGUGGAAUCGAUUCAAUAUUCGCGGAGUGAUACCGACCAGUCCUCCCGCAACCACCCUCGGAUGUUCAGCCAGGGAGGUGCGUGCCGUCGAAGUAACAGUGCUAAUAAAAAUUUAUUAUGAGUGUGUUUUGCAUUUUUAAGUGAAAGUGAAUGGGAAUAUGAGGCUCACGUGCCAUUAAAGUUAACAAGAUAGAAGGAUAUAACGUCUUAUUAAGUUGCUGGAUUAUUAAGUUACGCGGAGAGCUCUAGUGAGGCUGGAGCUAAAGAAAAAGGGAUUUUGUGCGAUUACUUGCUGAAUAUUAAUAGACUAUUGUUCGUUGGAUGUUGCGGGGAUGAGCUUACGUAAUUCAAGGGAGCUACAGAACUGAAGUUUCAAGAAACGCCGUGGGAUUCGUCCUCACCGAACAAAAUACUACCGCUAAAACUGUAAACAACAACAGCCAGAAAGAUAAUUGAAACAUCAGAAAUAACAACUACAUCACAGAUAUCUAGAGUCCAUCAUCAAAGCUCACCCACAGGCUACACGUCAGUUUCUACUAUACGUCAAGAGCUUACCAAUUUGCUUCCAUCAUGUAUCCUGCGACGAUUGCUUCCCAGGUUGCUGAGGCUUCAACUACACAACCAAAAAUAGCUUCCCAUUAGAGCAAUUAAAACAGCGACCCAGGCUAUUAUAGCUACGAUCCAAGGAUCUCUGCCAGAUGAAGUAAUUCCACAUAAGGACCAGAAAGCCGAAGGGGGUGCCAGUAAAAAAAUAUCCCAGCAUCAAUUUCAGUAUGAAAACAAAGCGUCGUUGUAGAUAUAUGUUAACAUCAAAAUUAGACAACUAGGACAGCAAAACAGGUACAAAGGGACAGGGACAGGACAACAAAACAAAGCCUGUGGGGGUGGAAUCAGAUGUAGCCCGCCACUUACUUGGCUAAGCAUUCCACCUUGGCAAACCUGAAAGUCAGAAUGAUGACAUUCAUAUCGACUUCAACGACUUCUCUGCCGCUGAGCAUUACAAGGAUCUCCAGUUUGCCAUCAAGCGUCCCCAACAUGAAUGCAACCCCAACCGAGUUGAUACAUAGUGGAAAACUAUUAAUCGACUACCACUACGACUGCCAACGUUAUUGUUAGGAAGGACUCUUUGAGCAUAUCCCCGGGACAGGACAAAACGCCGGGGCCGAAGGAUUGAUACAGUCCAGCCAUUGAAAGGACAUAGUCAGCGCAGUUAUAGCUUCGACGUGGAGUUAGUUAGAAUGGAUUUAAUGACAAUAGUCGGAAGAUGUCUUUGGACUUUGGUCUUUAUUAUCUCGUUUAUUUGCUGUGAAACGUUUUCAGAUAUGGGAAAACUAUCAUCAUCGAGUUUUCAGAAUCACUUUAGCACAUCGGCAUCAUCACAUUUUACAACGAAGAAUAAUACGAAGGUGGUGGCACAAAAAGGUGGACUAGCAAUUCUUCCAUGUGCUCUUAAAUUGAAUUCGCCAGCCACGGUGUCAUGGAUACGACGUCGUGAUUUUCAAUUGCUCACCGUUGGCUUGUCUACCCACAGCAGUGACGGUCGCUUUUUGGUGGAACAUACAAGACAUAUGGGUCACUGGUCGUUACGAAUAAAAUCUGUACGUGAGGAGGACCGGGGCCUUUACGAGUGCCAAUUAUCUGUGCAUCCAUCGGAAUCGAUAUUUGUUGAACUCAAAGUUGUAGAAGCAGUUGCUGAAAUCGCUGGAGCCCCGGAUUUACAUAUUGAUGAGGGUUCGACGUUACGACUGGAGUGUAAGCUUAAACGUGCCACCGAGAAUCCAUCUUUUGUAUUUUGGUAUCAUGACAAUAAAAUGGUAAACUACGACUCGCAGGAUGGAUUCUCCGUCACUUCAUUUCAAUCCCUCAGCUCAUCGCCUAUUAGUUCCAUUGAUGCAGCGAGUAGCAACAAUAUAACGAGUAGCUUAAUAACGAUGGCCUCAUUAUCAACACAACCGCAUUUGUUGGCGUCAUCGACAAGUAUCCUAACUAUUGAGAAAGUGCACUUUAACCACGCCGGAAAUUACACAUGUGCCCCAUCCAACACCAGGGCUGCCAGCAUUACAGUGCAUGUGUUACGUGGUGAAAAGCCAGCAGCUAUGCAACACGCAAACCGCAGCACCAUUGAAGAUGGCAAGUCCAAGGCAUCCCCAUCAAUACGGAGCAAUGCAACCGAACGACUUCUCUCCUUUUGGUAUCUAAUAGUCUUAAGUGCAAUUUACACUAACUGUUUUGGAAUAAUGUCCUUGACAAACAGAUGAAACUUGUUCCAAGUGAAAGUCUAGCCAAACGUCGAAACUGUACAGGUAGUUAAUUUUAACAAUUACAUUAAUCACUACGAUUACUUGACAAAUGUACUCAACUAGAUGUAAGUCCUGGAAGCAUGAUGAAAUGAUUAUAUCGAGUGCAAGACUCAAUUACUAGCUAUACGUUUGCAAUGAGCCCCGAGGAGCCGGGGGAUGCAUUGUGAAGCACUGCCGGCUUGACGGGGAUAAUCCUGAAUUAAGACUCGGCGAAUGGGUAUCGGAAAUAUUCAUACAAGCUACGUCUGGGGCAUUUAAAGCUGCUUAAUUAAAUUCCACAGAAACCAGCGCUACGUGUAUCCAAAUGGAGUUUCGCAGGACUCAAUCUUCACCUGACUACCAUCCGGCUUCGUAUUCUCUCUGUUUUCAGCCCCGCUCCGGUUUCAAAUGUUCAUCCGUGCAACUUUUCCUAACACAUCCCACGAAGGACGCGAUGUUCCUUUAUGGGUAUAGUGGGUAUAGUGGAACGACAGGAGCCUGGUGAAGCCAUAGCUAAAUCCAUUUACUGGAGCUGCAACUCUUUCUCGUUGCAUAAAAGCCGCUUUUAUGGCUUUCGCGUACCUGGUGUUCCAUAUUUGAACGACCAGUGCAUGGCGGUAGUGACAAGGAUGACGGGGAUUGUAGCGAAUUGCAAGGAACCUGUGAAUGAAUAAAAAGUGGGUUAGUAACUUUGUCCAAUGGUGAUGCAUUUUCAAAUAACACUCGAGUAGUGUGUAUCGAAAUAAAGUCGGAUCCGUGUAAGAUUGGUUGACUGGCGAGAGAGGGUGAAGUGGCUACAGAAUGGUUUUGGGACUAAUGACUGCUGGAGGAAGUUCUAUUUCAGUGAAAAAGGAUUUCUAUGAAACUAAUAUGGAAUGGAAAGUGGCUUUCCCAGCAUUUCCGUAGGUAAAAAUAUUGAAGAGGGCAGACAGAUCAAAAGUUGUAGCUAAUGUAAGUGAACACCGUGACUAAUGUAUUGGGUUGAGGUAGUUCCGACUAGAAAGGAUUUUGAAACGCAAUAGUUCCGGCUCGAGUGGAUUUUGAAUUUGAAUUGAUAAUGAGGUACUAUGAUUGCUUGUUUAAGAGGGAUAUCAUGCUCCUUGUCACAAGGUAGAUAGUGUAAUAUUUGGUAUCACCUUCAUUUGAUACAACCUCGCUCUACUUUGCUUCCUGAAUGAAUAGAGGCGUUCAAAAAGUUUACGCUAGUAAGUCUCUAAGCCAUCAUAUCUAAUGAAUUUUUUUUAAAACGUCAAUGAAAGGAUUGACUUUAGCAAAGAACAUAGAUAAGUACAGGUAGUCCUAUUUUCUUCAAUUCCUUUGGUAGGUGACCUGAAUGCCUUUGCAUUCUUAGGGGGAAAUUUUCCUUACCCCAUCUCUGCCUUGGGAACAGUGUGACAUAGUCCUAUCUAGGACAGAGGCAAUGAGAAGUCUAGAUGGAACCGCAAAUUCUCUGUUUUUUAAAAGUCAGGUUCUAGUUCAGAAAAAGUGCCUGACGUUGCCUGGCGUUUAUCCUACAGUCGCUACAUUAGCACCACCGCACGCUUCCUCCUGUGUAUCAUCGACGGCUGCCACCGCUGAACCGUAGGCCUUUCCGACCUCGUGUCGUCCGAGCGGCCCCAAAUUGAACGUCGCCUCGCCACCGAAACAGCUGUUUGUGUCAAGGCUAGCAUACUCCACUAAGCCCGACGAAAUUCUGGCCUAUAUCAGAAGCAAAAGCAACUUAAUUUUGUCACCUCUUUCCUGUGUGAAGCUGACGAAGGAUGGCUCCCCUGACCGAGCUUCCUUCAAAGUGACAUAUCCCCAUGACUUCGAUGCUAUCGUCCAAUCCUCCUUUUGGCCACAGGGGGUCUUGGUUAAGCCUUAACAGAGGUCUAAGAUUUGUGAAAAUUUCCGGCCCGCCCGCCUGCCUCGCCGAACUUGAA